AUGGCGCAACGUGUGACGUCAUCCGCAGAGAGGGCACUACGCAUUGUUGAAAAGUCGUCGAGGGUACGAAUACAAGAUCUUCGGGAUAAUAUCGGAGCGAGGACGAGUGGUCGACAAGUGACGAAGCGUGCGAAUCAGGGAGGUCACACUCGUGGUGCUCUACAACAUGCGGCCAAACCUCCCUUGGGAUGGAUUUGGGGGAACUUCUUCCUACCAUGGCAACGGCUUUUUCCUGGCGAGAAGUACUUCAAUGCUGAUAUAAAUGUUCGUCGAGAGUACGUCCCGUUGUCACUGGUUGAACUGUCUCGGCUUAUUGACUUAGGAUGGGUAGAUCCAUCGUUGCCUAUAGAUGUUGCUGCCCUUUGCCGUACUCAGAAGUUCAGAAUCAAACCGAAACUGCGACAAUGUGGAUUUGACCUCACUGCAGAGGUGAUUCUUCUAUUUUUGUAUUUUACUACAACAUAG